AUGGAAGAAUACUUAAAAGGAAUAUGGUACGAUCCACGUCACCCAGGAUCUUUUGCCGGUCCUUCCAAGUUGUAUGAAAUAGUUAAAAGAGAGGGAAAAUUUAAAAUUGGUUUACAUCGAAUCAAGAAAUUUCUACAAAACCAAGACGCUUAUUCAUUGCAAAAAAGAGUAAGACGAAGAGGAUUUAAAAGAAGACGAGUGAUAGUACAAGGUAUAGACUACCAAUGGGAAGCUGACUUGGCCGACGUACAAAAUCUAUCAAAGCACAACGACGGAAUCAAAUAUCUGUUGGUAAUAGUGGACGUAUUUUCUCGAUUUUUAUGGGUGAGAACAUUGAAAGAUAAGAAAGCCAAAACAGUCAUUGACGCUUUUAAAGACAUAUUGGCAGGUUCACGUCGUCCCAAAGCCCUACGCACCGACAAGGGUACGGAAUUCUAUAACAGGUACCUGAAACAGUAUUUAAAAGAGAAAAGCAUCAAGAUAUUUUAUGCAUUGAACGAGACCAAGGCUAAUUUUGCCGAGCGGUACAUACAGACUUUAAAAAAGAGGUUGUACAGACAUUUUACUUUCAAACAAAGACAUGAGUAUAUGAACGUUCUACAAGACGUGGUCACGUCUAUAAAUAAUACACCGAAUCGUUCCUUGAACGGAAGAACUCCUGCCUCUGUCAAUAAAGAAAAUGAAGCCGAAGUGAGACUGGACGCUUACCUGGCCAGACAAAACACGCAACAUAAGAGAACAAAGAUCAAGAAGUCUUCUAAACGAAAGCGUACCCCCUUUACUUUUAAGGUGGGUGAUCAAGUACGUAUUACUCAUCUGAGACGUCAGUUUCAACGCGAUUACGAUCAGACUUACACCGAAGAAAUCUUUGUCGUCGAUCAACGUUUCGUCUCACAAGGUAUUCCCAUUUACAAGAUAAAGGAUAUGAUGGACGAGCCUAUUAAAGGUAGUUUUUAUGCGAGUGAACUACAGAAAGUGUCAAAGAACGAACAGACCACUUGGAGAAUCGAAAAGAUUCUUAAAAAGCGAAAAAUUCGCGGAAAAUCGGAAGUGUUAAUCCGAUGGCUGGGAUGGCCAAAGAAAUUUGACAGUUGGAUUCCAGAGACUGACGUAAAAGACACUUGA